UAGAUGAAUCAAAAUAUCUUAGGGACAUGAAAGGAAAGUUGUUAGAGAAGGGGAAUCUGGUGUGGAACACCAUGUGCUUGACUUAACUCACUCAGGAAACGGAACCAAGUUACUACACAAUUUUAUCUUGUGCAUAGAGCCCUGCCGUGCAAAAAGAUCAGCCUCCUGGCCCUGCCCCUGUGGCUAUGCCCUGGACAGCCAAUCAGCUGGGAAAGUGCUGUUCCCACUCUGCCUAAUUACGUAUCCUUUAGCCAAUCUGCAGUGGCCCAUACAGCCUGAAGAAACCUACUUGGACCUGCAGUUAUUGUUCCUCCUGAGUAAACAUGACAUCCAAGAAGACAUCAAAAUUGUCCCGGACUCAGAAGUCAUACAAGGAUGGUGAUAUCAAAAAAUAUUUAAUGCCAAUUCAGCAGGGAGAAGCCACUGUGUCUGGUCGGGUUCUCAGAAGUUCAUCUUCUUUGAGUGACAGAGACCACCAAACUAAACAGAGCCCCUGUGACAAAUCCACUGAAGAGAUGCAAGAAUUCACUGUCAACUUCAGUAAUGAAGGCACCGAUUAUAUGGUGAAAGGCCAAGUCCACGAGAGUAUCUACUCAGUUCUGAUGGCUCAAGAAGUCAUUUGUGCUCGGGUUGCCAAGGAGAAAGGCAAGGAGAUGCACCUACUGGGAAAGAAAGGGGUGGAAGGCUAUGUUAAUUUGGGCAUGCCACUUGCAUGCUUGCCUAAGAAUUCACAUUUUGAAAUUAAAUUUUAUGCUGUGAAAAAGGGCACAGAUGCUGGUGAGACGAGACACCGUCAGCAUGACAUCAAGGAAAAAAAAUGCAUCAUAUUUUAUGUCUCUCCCACUGGCAAUAAGUUGGAGACCCAUUCUUUGCAAGGCCACAGAAUUCUCCAGUGCCAACAACUUGCCAAAGAUCGCUGUAAUCUGUGUGUCUUUGCUCCAGAAGGGGAGACCAUCAAGGACGCCCUUUGCAAAGAUGGCCGGUUUCUGCCAUUACUGGAGCAAGAAGAGUGGGGGUUGGUAGAGAACAAAAAGUUUAUAUGUAGUGGCUAUACUGUGGACAGUCUAGCCAACAGGUGCUUUGAUGUGGAGGUUAAAAUUAAGCGACGAGGUAAGACAAGGAAUGAUUUGGGGAAUGAGCAGUCUUCCAUGGCUCCCAAAGAGGUACCGGAGAAGACCUAUGAUUACUUCAAAUCUGUUGUCCUUGAACUGUAUCCUGACUUAAAAAAGCAAAGUGAAAUGAUUGAUGAGUUCUUUUCAGAAGCCUUUAAAAAAGGCAAAUCUAGUGGAGCUGUGUUCAAAUUGUACAAAGAGAACUUUGGGAAGGAGACAAAGAACUCCACGCUCGUUAGGGUGUUUAAAUGCCUCAGUGUAAGGAGUGACUCAGUGGGGUACAUAACGUGGGACAGCAAUGAAGGGGGCUCUGCCACAUGCUUUGUCUUGCAAGGUAACUAUAUACUCACCUGCCAUCAUGUGGUGAGUCUCAUUACUGGCCCAGGCGUGGAGGAAAAGGAUUGGCCAUUGAUAAUUAGUCGCUCUGCCAAGGUGACUUUCUCUUAUGAGGAUGGACGUCCCUCAGAAAACAGCUGGCUGAAGCUAGCACCUUGGUUUGAAAUAUCUGACAGGGAUCUGGAUUUUGCUGUCCUGAAACUAAAAGGAGAACCAAAUGAGUUCCCAGCAGGUCUUCUGUCCUUAAGUUACCCACUGCCAUUUAAUGGUGUAAUUUAUAUCAUUGGCCACCCAGAUGGGCAAGAAAAAUCCAUAGAUGGCUGUACUGUGGUUCCUGUAUGUGAGCGUGGAAGGGUGUGCAACCACCGUGUAAAGUGUGGUGAGAAGGAAGCGUGCAAUGACAACAAUUGUGGCCCUGGGGGCCCUAAGGGCCAAGAGUGCAUCCACAUGUUCACCCAGAGAAGUUUCCAUGAUGUGGUCAACAAUCCCAAUGUUGUCACUUAUGACACCAGCUUCUUUGGGGGGUCUUCUGGCUCCCCAGUGUUUGACACGGCUGGCCAGCUGGUGGCCAUGCAUGCUGCAGGUUAUAAGUAUGUAAACAAGAGGCAGCCCUGCAGCAUUGUUGAGUUUGGCUAUUCCCUGGUGGCCAUAAUUGCAGCAAUGAAAGAGAAGCAUAAAGCUUGGUAUGAGUCUGAAAUGCUUGUGCUCCCCCAAGACUAUCCUAAUGAUGUGGAAAUGGAAAAUGGAGAAUAAAAUACCCAUGUUUCUCAGCCACCUCAGCCCACUCAGAGUAUCUCCCCUUUACACUGCUUUCUUUCUUCCCCAGUCUCCAAAGAGACACUCUGCUGGGAAUUUUCUCUCCAUCUGCAGGCCUGGUGAUCUUUUUUAGACCUUCUUCUGCCUCUCAAAACACCUCCAGAACACCCUAGGGAUGAUUGUAUCUUUGUGCUUGUUGUUACAAAGGGUAGUGAGUGUGAGAGGGCUAGUGCCUGAAGCAGUAUUGCCAACUCCACUGUGUCAAAAAUCAAGAGACAAACUCUUGAAAAUCAAGAGAUUUGGUAUUGUGGAAUCAGAAAAAAAUAAAUGCCUUAAACUUUGAUCAUACAAGUUAUAAGAUGACAUAACCGCUUUGUAGGGAAUUGCUGGCUCUGUACAGUAGAACAGAUAAGGGAAAGUGUUUGUUCUUUGUAACUCCUCUGCAACUGCUUCACUCACCGCGGCCUUGAAGAUAGCAGAAAAAAAAUAAAGUAUGUACAACUCCGAUUUCCAGGUGCAAGAAGGAGGUGUUAGUUCUCGCUUUGUCUCCCCCAUAGUUCCCAUCCUGAUAACAGCACAGCAGUAUGAGCUAAUGUUUGUUUGUAGCUGCUUUUCCUAGCAAACUCCACUAUAUGAUCACGUGAGUUGUAAGCAACUGUUAAAAAGUAUAUAAGCCUCCUGAUUUUGCUCUUGGGGGGGAACUCCUUCCAAGUGCUUGGGAAAUCUAUGUCACUUUGGAGUCCCCCCUACAGCUGUAGUUUCAUUUGAAUAAAAGCUUCUGUUGACCUGA